UCUAAACGUUAGAGCUACUAAUUUUUGCAUACUUAGAAACAUUUGUAGCAUUAUUAUCUGAUCCAAGAUCAUUUCAACAGUCCUUUUUGGGAUUAUAGGCUUUAUUUGAAAGCUUCCAACGUCUUUUUGCAAGUUAACGACGUACAUAGUAUGUACAUAUAUAGCGGAAGAACUGUACAUGCAUCUACAUACGUACAUUAAUAGAUAUUAUUGAUAUAUAAAUAGAUAAAUAGCGAAGAGUAUCGAUGAUCUCACAUAUACCCCAAUCAUCAACGCUUCCUAUUGAAUAUUAACCCAUAUACAUACGUACAUAUGUAAACAUCGUAUGUCCAUAUGUGUUUAGUUAUAUUUGCAGAAUAUGAUUAGUCAUUAAUUUUGUUUUCGCUCUCACUGUAGAAGUAACAUUAAUACAUAUCUAUCCAAAGGUUAAGCCGUCGGAUAAGCUUGUGUUUCAACAAUUUAUUACAGUUUACCCUUUCCAACUUUUCUAACUCUUAUAGAAAUGUCUCUUACUAAUACAGUUAAUAUACAUAUUGCCUAUAUACUAUAAGUUCAUAAGUGGGAAUAUAUAAUUGCAUUUACAUAUAAUAUACAUAUGCACUUUAGCGUAAUUAUGUUUCAACUAGCUUCGUGUAGCUAGUAAGGUCAUAGCGGAUUGGAUAAUAUGGACAAAAAUAAUACGCAUUAGGAAUGACAAAUAAAAAGUAAACCGAUAACGUGUACAGAACACUUCGUCAAAACCGAGAGUAUUUUUGAAAUUGACAGGAUGGUGCAAAUAGAAAUGCAGGAGGUUUUAAAAUGGGCGCAUGAGCACCAGUUAUAUGCCACACUCAGUCCUAUGAUAUGUGGCAUUUGCUUAGCAUUUUUUUCAUAUAUGCUUGUGUAUUUGGAUAGCGACGUGCCAGGCUUGAAUCCUCCUUCACCUUUUUCACCGGUAAAACAAACAUACUUUCGCGAACGACGCAGUGCCUUACAUUUGGGUUAUAUAAUAGCUUUAGCUUCUGGUUUAAUAGUCACUAUCUUUUUGUAUUGUGAUUUCAGUAGUGUAAACUAGCUUGAAAAUUAUUCAUGAAUAGUACCUGUUAAGAAAAUAUGAUUAAUGAAUUGAAAAAAAAAAAAUAAGUACAAAUUAUUUUAAGUAUUCGGAAAAGUAUUAGUAUCCUUUAAUAUCAGCAAAUGCAUAAUUUAUUAUAUUAUAUGAACACAUCGCGUACAUAUUUGUAGAUGUCUAACCAAAUAUACCUGCUUAUUCUCAUAUA